AUGGCGGACGGCAGGGCAUCACUUCUUGUGACAAUCAAGAAAUUCAGCAAAAGUUUGCACAUCAAGAAUAUUUCUUCGUCAAAGAUCUCAGCUGGAUAUCGUAACCUAGCUAUCUUGGAGCACAACGGUUGUCUUUUUAUCAGAAAUGUGSAAAGCGAAGAUGAGAAAACGCUGCAAAAUAUCACCGGGUUUGAAUGGGGUUGUCCUGUAAGUACGAAGGACGAUGAAGCUUGUCAUGGUGCUUCGUCAGAUGAUUACUUGUGCAUUAUAAAAGAUGAUUUUGCUCUGGAGUUGUAUCAUGUUCACGAGAAAAUGGCAGAUGACCUAGAGGAGCAGAAAUUUACUGUAUCAUGCAUUGUUGAAGUUAGUAAAGAUUUAGGAAAAGUUGCAGGCGAUUAUUCAAUACAUGAUAUAUCAAUCGUUGCCAUGGAAACAGAGAGAAAUCCAACCAAUCAUGUUGCAACUCUGCUUGUCAAUCAAAAGUACAUUGUAUUGCUUUCUCUAAGUGUCAACGUUGUUGAAGUUGUGUACUGUUUUGCRCUGGACAACUCCACCUUGAGUCUACCAGUUGUGGUCCCUGUGUCAUCUCUCGUACAGGUUAAAAGAUGUCAGUCAUUGAUAUUUUGCUUGUUUUCCUCUGGAACAACUAUCAUCCAUCUUAUCAGUGGUGAAUUCAUAGGAGUCAUUGAUAUUCAAUCGUAUCACUUCAAGAGCGAUGAUACUGACUCAUAUGAAGACAGCUUUGACACUCAUUAUCCUACAAAGUUUGUCAACCUGGAAAUCACAGAAGAUCUCUCAGUGCUUAUUUCUUCUGAUGAAUCCAACACCAUCUAUACWAUCAAUCUUGAUGAUUACUUUCAAGACAACCCUUCCAACUUAUGCUUCAAGAAUAGGAUGACAAAAAGUGCUGCAAAAUUAUCCCAGCAAGGAACUCUGCAGUAUUCUACUGAAGAUGAAGAUUUAUUGUUGAGAAGUGCCAAGAUGUCAGACAUUGGCUAUGGUGACAGGUUUUGGAAAAAUGAGCUUGUGGAGAUGAGGCUGGAAACAGCACAAGACAGAAGUGUUGAUGUUUUGCCAAACGGGAGAUGGUUUAAUCAUAUCAAGGAAAUACAGUUUAGCAUUCCUGCUCAMCGUUGUCAAGACGAGAAGCUAGCAAAAAGUACAAAAUUAAGUGGYUUUCUGUUGAAGAGAAGGAAAUCUGAUGCCAGAAGUGCUACACCAGGCUCUGAUAGCUCUAUAAGCAUCAGCAAGGAACCARUAAUGUCUCAGUCCUCGUGUACUGAAGUUAAAUCUCUCAUCUACAAUGUUGACAUGUUUGUGAAGGAGCAAGAACUAGUAAAAAUGUCUGCUGGAUUUGAUUCAUUCUUGGUUCAGUUCAAGCCAAAGRAUWGUGAUAGCAGCCAAGAUGUUGGUCCUAACUACACAAAUGGAUUGCUUUAUCUCUAUGGAUAUAGCAAUACAGAUGUAGCUUAUCAUAUGAUAUUCUCUGAGCCAGCAGUUAUUGUACAAAGUAGUGAUCCUUUGCAGCCAGUGUGUGUUUUGACAAAGAAACAACUAACUGUCCCUUCAUUUGGYAUCAACCAGAACCAGUUUGUACACAAAGUUAUAAUGUAUGAGAAUGCAGCUCUGGCUGAAGAAGUCUGYCGUGUGAACCAGUGGGACCACUGUGUAAUUCCAUUGGAGGCCUUAAAGGUUGCAUUGAAGCAUCGACAGCUKRACACYAUUGCUUUCUUUCUAAAAACACAAGARAAUGGUCAGUAA